UACUAUGAAGGUAUUGAACAUAGCUAGCUAAAGAUGAGCAACCAGGAUCGUCACGGAUCUUCUCCUCCAAGCAAGUUCACGAGUUUGUAUUUAGAAAAUCUCGAUCCACAAGUCUCUGAUGAGGCGUUGAUUCAGAUGUUCUCGGGUUUCGGAAAGAUUAUAAGAUCGAUUCGAGCAAAGGAUUUCAGAGGAGAGUCGCGAGGAUUUGCUUUCAUUGAGUUUGAAAGCAGUGAUAGCGCUGAACAAGCCUUUGAACACAUGAACGGAAGGUUAAUAGGUCAGAAGAUUCUAUGCGUUGAGAGGACGCCGAAGGUCAGCGAAGGUGAAUACAUAUAAUAAUCAUACGUGGGUUAUUGGCUAAUAGCCUAAUUAAUCUAUUGUUCUAUGAGAUAAUUAAGUUUCAAUCCAUUACUAAACUAGAAAUGGUUUAGUAACUUUAGUGACAAAGUUAUGCAAUAAUAAAUUUCUAUUAUGUUAUUGUAAAUUUUCGAUUACAAAAAGCGUGGCAUAUUUUUCUGGCUUAUGAUUUGACUAGAAUAUAGGUCUAAGAGCAACAUUAUUGGAAGUCUUUUAAGACAUCCCUUAGAAGAGGGGGAUGAAACCGAGGAAGAAAGAGAAGGGAAAAGUCCCUAAUUAAGUACUGUCCCUUAUUCUCCAACGAUCAAAAAAAAAAAAAAACAAGGAAUUCUCUUUCUCUCUU